AGUUUUCGCGAUCACGGGAAUAACAGCGUGCGAUAGCAGGUGUUUAUUUAAUGAUGUUUUCAUAAUGUUACUGUAGUACAUCCCUAAAAUUAGUAAAGCCACAAAGGGACCUUUUAAAUAAACCCGUCUGUAAAAGGAACAACAAGGCACAUGGCGGAAACAUCUUGCAAUAACAGGAAUAUAAAUUCAAAGAGAGAGGCUUAUUUGGAGUGCAAUGAAUACUUUAUGGCCACUGCUUUUCUUGCUGCGAAACGUAGUAAGGAUCCUUGUUCCCAAGUUGGUGCAUGUAUAGUAAAUAACGAGAAGAAAAUAGUGGGUAUUGGAUACAAUGGAAUGCCAUCUGGUUGCAGUGAUGAUCAAUACCCGUGGAAUAAAACAAGUUCUAAUAAACUGGAAACAAAAUAUUUUUAUGUUUGUCAUGCCGAAAUGAAUGCAAUAUUGAACAAAAAUUCAGCAGGUGUGAAAGACUGUUUUAUGUAUGUUGCUCUGUUCCCAUGCAAUGAAUGUGCAAAGAUAAUAAUUCAGUCUAGCAUUCGAGAAGUCAUUUAUAUGUCUGACAAGAAUUCCCAUAAGCUGGAAACCAUUGCUUCCAAACGAAUGUUUGACUCUUCUGGUGUCAAGUACUGGCAGUAUGUUCCAAAGCGCAAACAUAUUGUUAUAGAUUUCACAGAAAUCAACUGGAAUGAAAUGACACAGUGUCCGCCAUCUCCACACAAAGAUGCUGAAUUGCACUAAGAGAUAAAACGUGACCAAAUGAUCUUGACACAGAGUCAUCUAUGAUAUGAUUCCAGAUGUAAUGUGUGUGUGUGUGUGUG